AUGAAGUUCCUUCUGCUGCUCUCACUCGUUGGGUUCUGCUGGGCGCAAUAUCACCCCCCCUGCACUCAGUGCCACCGGACUUCCAUCGUCCACCUGUUUGAGUGGCGCUGGGUUGAUAUUGCCAAGGAAUGUGAGCGAUACUUAGGUCCCAAUGGAUUUGGAGGGGUCCAGGUCUCUCCACCUAAUGAAAAUGCUGUGAUUAACAACCCUUCAAGGCCCUGGUGGGAAAGAUACCAACCGAUUAGCUACAAAAUCUGCACAAGGUCUGGAAAUGAAAACGAAUUCAGAGACAUGGUGACGAGGUGCAACAAUGUUGGUGUCCGCAUUUAUGUGGAUGCCGUCAUCAAUCACAUGUGCGGCUCAGGCAACCCCGCGGGAACAAGCAGCACUUGUGGAAGUUACUACAACCCUAACAACAGGGACUUUCCAGCAGUUCCGUACUCUGGCUGGGAUUUUAACGAUGGCAAAUGCAAUGGAGAAAUUAAUAACUAUAACGACGCUAAUGAGGUCAGAAAUUGUCGUCUGUCUGGUCUUCUGGAUCUUGCCCUUGAGAAAGAUUAUGUUCGCAACACGACUGUUAUUGAUCUGGGUGGUGAGGCAAUUAAAAGCAGUGAGUACUUUGGAAAUGGCCGUGUGACAGAAUUCAAGUUUGGAGCAAAACUGGGCACAGUUAUCCGCAAGUGGAAUGGAGAGAAGAUGGCUUACUUGAAGAACUGGGGAGAAGGUUGGGGUAUGAUGCCUACCGACAGAGCCCUUGUCUUUGUGGAUAACCAUGAUAAUCAGAGAGGACAUGGGGCUGGAGGAGCAUCCAUUCUGACAUUCUGGGACGCUAGAAUGUAUAAAAUGGCUGUUGGAUUCAUGCUGGCUCACCCGUAUGGUUUCACACGAGUCAUGUCAAGUUACCGUUGGGAUCGAAAUUUUGUGAAUGGAAAAGAUGUUAAUGAUUGGAUUGGACCACCAAAUAACAACGGUGCCAUCAAAGAAGUGACCAUUAAUGCAGAUACCACUUGCGGAAACGGCUGGGUGUGUGAGCAUCGGUGGCGGCAAAUCAGGAACAUGGUUGCCUUCAGAAAUGUAGUUAAUGGCCAGCCUUUUGCAAACUGGUGGGACAAUGGUAGCAACCAAGUAGCUUUUGGAAGAGGAAACAGAGGCUUCAUUGUCUUUAAUAAUGAUGACUGGUCACUGUCAGCAAAGUUACAGACUGGUCUUCCUGCUGGCACAUACUGUGAUGUCAUUUCUGGAGACAAAAGCAAUGGCAGUUGCACAGGAAUUGAAGUCCAGGUUUCUGGGGAUGGCACGGCUCAGUUUUCCAUAAGUAACUCAGCUGAGGACCCAUUUAUUGCCAUCCAUGCUGAAUCAAAAUUAUAA